CCCUGCGCCAGAUGCAGGCGCUGUAUGGCCAGCACUUCCCCAUCGAGGUGCGGCAUUACCUGUCGCAGUGGAUCGAGAGCCAGGCAUGUACGAGGGGUCUAGAAUGGUGCUGUCACAUGAACGCUGCAUCCCGGCUCUGUCCCCAGGCUGGGGCGUGCGUCCUCUGUCAAACGCUUCCCACCCCCACCCCACUGUUUGUUUUAUCAGUUAAAAAAGGGACUCCAUCGACCUCGAUAACCCCCAGGAGAACUUCAAAGCCACCCAGCUGCUGGAGGGGCUGAUCCAGGAGCUGCAGAAGAAGGCGGAUCACCAAGUGGGCGAGGACGGGUUCCUGCUGAAGAUCAAGCUGGGGCACUAUGCCACGCAGCUGCAGAACACGUACGACCGGUGCCCCAUGGAGCUGGUGCGCUGCAUCCGUCACAUCCUGUACCACGAGCAGCGGCUGGUUCGGGAGGCCACUAACAGCCCCUCCCCAGCCAGCAGCCUGGCGGACGCCAUGUCCCAGAAGCACCUGCAGAUCAACCAGACCUUCGAGGAGCUGCGUCUCGUCACCCAGGACACGGAGAACGAGCUGAAGAAGCUGCAGCAGACGCAGGAGUAUUUCAUCAUCCAGUACCAGGAGAACAUGCGCCUGCAAGCCCAGUUCUCCCAGCUCUCCCAACUGGGCCCCCAGGAGCGCAUGUCCCGCGAGACGACGCUUCAGCAGAAGAAGGCGUCGCUGGAGGCCUGGCUGCACCGGGAGGCCCAGACACUACAGCAGUACCGAGUGGAGCUGGCGGAGAAGCACCAGAAAACCCUGCAGCUGCUGCGCAAGCAACAGACGACCAUCCUGGACGACGAGCUGAUCCAGUGGAAGCGGCGGCAGCAGCUGGCGGGGAACGGCGGGCCCCCCGAGGGCACCCUGGACGUGCUGCAGUCCUGGUGUGAGAAGCUGGCCGAGAUCAUCUGGCAGAACCGGCAGCAGAUCCGUCGGGCCGAGCACCUGUGCCAGCAGCUGCCCAUCCCGGGGCCCGUGGAGGAGAUGCUGUCCGAGCUCAACGGCACCAUCACAGACAUCAUCUCCGCCCUGGUGACCAGCACCUUCAUCAUCGAGAAGCAGCCCCCCCAGGUGCUGAAGACGCAGACCAAGUUCGCGGCCACGGUGCGGCUGCUGGUGGGGGGGAAGCUGAACGUGCACAUGAACCCGCCCCAGGUGAAGGCCACCAUCAUCAGCGAGCAGCAAGCCAAGGCCCUGCUGAAGAACGAAAGCACCCGCAACGAGAGCAGCGGGGAGAUCCUGAACAACUGCUGCGUGAUGGAGUACCACCAGGCCACAGGCACCCUGAGCGCCCACUUCAGGAACAUGUCCCUGAAGCGCAUCAAGCGCUCGGAUCGGCGCGGCGCCGAGUCGGUGACCGAGGAGAAAUUCACCAUCCUCUUCGAGUCGCAGUUCAGCGUCGGUGGCAAUGAGCUGGUCUUCCAGGUCAAGACGCUGUCUCUGCCCGUGGUGGUGAUCGUGCACGGGAGCCAGGACAACAACGCCACGGCCACCGUGCUCUGGGAUAACGCCUUCGCCGAGCCGGGCCGGGUCCCGUUCGCCGUGCCCGAGAAGGUGCUGUGGCCCCAGCUGUGCGAGGCGCUCAACAUGAAGUUCAAGGCCGAGGUGCAGAGCAGUCGGGGGCUGACGAAGGAGAAUUUGCUCUUCCUGGCGCAGAAGCUCUUCAACAGCAGCGGUGCCCAGCUGGAGGAGUACAGCGCCAUGUCCGUCUCCUGGUCCCAGUUCAACCGGGAGAAUUUACCCGGCUGGAAUUACACCUUCUGGCAGUGGUUCGACGGGGUCAUGGAAGUGCUGAAGAAGCAUCAGAAGCCUCACUGGAACGACGGGGCCAUCCUGGGCUUCGUCAACAAGCAGCAAGCGCACGACCUGCUGAUCAACAAGCCGGACGGGACCUUUCUGCUGCGGUUCAGUGACUCCGAGAUCGGGGGCAUCACCAUCGCCUGGAAGUUCGACUCGCCCGACCGCAACCUGUGGAACCUGAAACCCUUCACGACCAGAGACUUCUCCAUCCGCUCGCUGGCCGACCGCCUGGGCGACCUCAGUUACCUCAACUACGUGUUCCCCGACCGGCCCAAGGACGAGGUCUUCUCCAAGUACUACACGCCGGUUCUCUGUAAAGCCGUGGAUGGCUACGUGAAGCCCCAGAUCAAACAGGUGGUGCCAGAGUUUGCCAGCGCCUCUGGGGAUCCCGCCGCCGGAACGGUCACCUACAUGGAUCAGGCGCCGUCGCCGGCCGUGUGCUCCCAGCCACAUUACAACGUCUACCCACAGAACCCCGACUCUGUGCUGGAUCCCGAGGGCGAGUUCGACCUGGACGACACGAUGGACGUCGCGCGACACGUGGAGGAGCUUCUGCGGCGGCCCAUGGACACUCAGUGGAUCCCCCACAGCCAGUCGUGACCCUGUGCCAUGGUACGGCCCGGCCCGGCAGCCGUGUCCCUGGGAGCCGAUCCGGGGAGCGUGCCCCGUGGAGAGCAGCCCAGUGUUCGUGUCUCUGUGCGUGGGCCCAUGUGGGGGGGGUGCUCAUCCGGGGGCUUUGCUCUGCGCCAGCUGCAGCGGUGUUGUUGUUGGCUGCAUCUGUGGGGGCCCAGCAGCUCCUGGCUCUGGCAGGGCCCCUCCUACUCGCGCAGCGCUCCUCCCCAAAUCCUUCCCUGCACUGGCAGGGCCGCCUCGUGCCAGGCCUGAGCCAGGUGGGUGCUGGUGUUGGGCAGGCCACUAGGGGCAUGGCAGGGUCCCGGUCUAGCUAGUGUCCCCUGGCUCCACUGGCAGAACCGCCUCUCUCUGGGCGUGGGGAACGCGGCCCGGCCUCACCCGUUAGCAGCCACGUUUGUUUCUUUAUCAGUAUCGUCUCCGGCCUCGUUCCUGGCCCCCCCCCCCCCACCACGUUUGCUCACAGCCCCCUGCCCCUGACACGCACUGUGUUAUCCCGGCGUGCCCCAGCUCCAAGAGCCAGGCAGGGGUAGAAAAGCAAGAGGCAGCCCUGGGGCAGCCCCUGUUGUGGGAGGGGAACACUGGGCAGCAGGCUGGGGAGGGACAAGCAGGGGUCUGCCCCCCUGGGCUCAUCCCUCCCCCCAUGUUGGUCCUUGGGUGACACCCCGUCCUUGUGGCAUCAGGGGAGGGGGGAUUCCCUUCUUGUGGCAGCCAUUGCUUUCGGCUCUCCACCCCAUUUUUCUCGUGACCGACCAGGUAAUAAAACGGAUGGUUUUUAAAGGCA